UCUCCGAUCCACCCGUCCCUGCCGUCAGCUUCGUUCCUUCCCCGAUCCGCCUCCAGCGGCCGUCUCGCUCGCUGCUGCUUUCCUUGUCCUGAUUGCUCGGUAAUUUCUCGACCGCACGCGCGCAAUGACGAAGCACACCGCCUUCGCCGCGGACGACGCGAUCACCGCCGCCGCCGUCACGUCGCAGCCCGGCCGCCGGUUCACGUCGUACCCGCCGCCGACGAGGGCGCGCGGCGGAUGCAGGGUGGCCGCGGCGGCGGCGGCGGCGCGCCAGGCCACGGACCCCGGCGCCGUGGUCGUGGCCGUGGGGUCCUUGCCGGAACUCGUGCCGCGCCACGCCGACCUCGACUUCGAGAACUGGAUGGAGAAGCACCCGUCGGCAUUGGCCGAGUUCGAGUCGGUGCUGGCCGCCGCCAAGGGGAAGCAGAUCGUGAUGUUCCUUGACUACGACGGCACCCUGUCGCCGAUCGUUAAGGACCCCGACAGCGCCGUCAUGUCCGAGGAGAUGCGAGACGCGGUGAGAGGCGUGGCCGAGCACUUCCCGACGGCGAUCGUGAGCGGGAGGUGUAGAGACAAGGUGUUCAACUUCGUGAAGCUGGCGGAGCUGUACUACGCCGGGAGCCACGGCAUGGACAUCAAGGGGCCCACGGCACAGUCCAAGCACACCAAGGCAAAGGCCGAAGCUGUUCUGUGCCAACCAGCGAGCGCGUUCCUGCCGGUCAUUGACGAGGUGUACCGCACGCUGACGGCGAGGACAGCGCCGAUCCCCGGAGCGACGGUGGAGAACAACAAGUUCUGCCUCUCCGUCCAUUUCCGCUGCGUCCACGAGGAGAAAUGGCGCGCUCUGGAGGAGCAGGUCCGGUCGGUGCUCAAGGAGUACCCGGACCUCCGGCUCACCAAGGGCAGGAAGGUCUUGGAGAUCCGGCCGUCCAUCGAGUGGGACAAGGGCAACGCCCUACAGUUCUUGCUUGAGUCCCUCGGUUUCGCUGACAGUAACAAUGUGUUCCCGAUAUAUAUCGGAGACGAUCGCACGGAUGAGGACGCGUUCAAGGUGCUGCGCAGCAUGGGCCAAGGGAUCGGAAUCCUUGUGAGCAAGAUUCCAAAGGAGACCAGUGCAUCCUACUCCUUGCGUGAACCUUCUGAGGUGAAGGAGUUCCUGCGCAAGUUGGUGAGGUCCAAGCAGCGGGACUAGUCAUGGUCCAGUCAGCAGGUGAUGAAAAGCUUGCCUAGAAGCAAAUCGAGGCCGAGAGGUCCAAGCACAGACGAUCCAUGGUCGAGAAGCGAAAAGCUAAUUUGGUCCAGGGUCGCGGUGAAAAUAUUAACUGACCAGAUCCAUGGUCUUGAAGCGAAGCUGAUUUGGUCCAUGGUGGCGGUGGAAUUAUUAACUGAUCAGACUAGCUUGACUGGAUUCAGAAACAUCCGGAUUAACUGACCAGAGCUGCUCCGCGCCUCCAAUGCCGGCGCCGAGACGCUGCCACGAAGGAGUGGUGGUCGCCGGCGCCGACGGGGAGAUCGUCAAGUCGGCUGCAUGGUUCCUUUUAGGCUUUUUUUUUUUUUGAGAGGUGGUUCCUUUUAGGCUUUUAGCCUUCUGUAUCUAUAGGUGGGCUGGGUCUCAUGGUGGGUGUGUGGGCCCUAUGAGUCCAAGCACAGAUCCCGUAUGCAUGUUUUGUGCCUAUGGGCUUAGCUCUGUUCUGAGAGGCCAUUAGCCCACUUUUAAUUUACUCCGUUAUUACUAGUUCUAUUAUCUGCUUAAUUUUUUACUCUGUUGUUUUAGUACCGGGAAACAGUUACAGCAGAAAAAUGCAUGGUAAAAUAAGAAUUUAUGUCUCUA